AUGCCCCCACCAGAAGAUAAGGAAAACGCGUUUUGGUCGACUUCCAACGCGCCUGUUACGCCAAGGCAUCUCACGAGCAGGUCUCAGUCGUUUCUCAAGAAUGUCAAAAAAUCGCCAAAAGAGCGUACCGGGAUGACCAGGCGACCACUUGCAAGCAAGGACAAUAACAGGACGACUGGAUUGGCUGGUCAGAAAGAUUUGCAAGCUCACAGGAAAAGAACGAGGCCAAUAGUCAACCAUGCUGGAAGUUUUAUCGGGCACGCCGGGAGGCCGGGCCAAGUACCGACUUUAAACCCUUCGGGCGCCCCUCGCAUUAAAAGCCUGGUUUUGAAAGACUCGUCAGGCUCUCGGGAUCUGGGAGACCCAAGUGGCGAGUCUGAUGAAGCCGAGUAUGAAGAUGACAGCAACCCCUUAGCUGCCAAACUGCGCGGCAAGCUUGCAGCCCGUAGCGAGGCGGCCAACAGUCAUGGGCAAGUUUGUCGCCCUGAUUCGGACGAAGAGCAAACGGGACUGUUAAGCCGACUCUCCGGCGGCGCCGGGAUUCAAAGUCUACUACAUGAGAAUUCGAAUCUAUUCCCAUUGCAAGAGGGCUUGGAAAGUGAAGGCAGCGACCGCGAGGUCGAAACUAUACCGCCCAGGCCGGAACCGCUGCCUUCAAUUCCGAGCGGCUAUACUCCAUUCACAGAUGAGGAUAUAGCCAAACUACGGUCGCCAGCGGCUUUAAACCUCCGGCUCAACCUAGGCGACGAUGACGAGGACGUUGAGGACACCCACAGUAUAAGCAAAAGUUCUCGCUUGCUCAGUUUAGACCCUAUAAAUGACAGCCCAGACUACCCGGAUGAUGAAGACACACACGAUAACAAGCGAUACCAUGUGCCACAAGCUGACGUAUCGAAAGCACAGGUGCCACUAUAUCGCGAGGCAGAGGCAUUUCAAAUAGAGCCAUCUUAUUCGGGCCAUGGUUUAACGGCGGAAGAACUCGAGUCACUGUUGGAAUAG